ACAAACACGGAGCUUUCUGUGCACACAGCGCCAAAAACAAGACCAGCGGCGCUUAUAGGAGGAGCUGGAAGAAAGCUUGAGAGGAGAAAUGAUGGCGGAUUACGAGCACAAGAGAAGAAGGAGUCACAGCGCUGACGGAGCAGGGCCGCAGGAGGAGGAAGACAGAGUGAAAACUAAGCCUGUCUCUUGUAGCACUGUGGGAGGAGAAGGGACAGCAGUCAAACGCACAUCCCAGCAUCUCACACCUGAAGACGAGGACGAGUCCUCUGCUGCAAGCCAACCGGCACCCCCAACCAAAGUCUCCAAGAUAGGCUUUAGCAUGAGCAGUCAGAUGGGGAAGAAGUCCAACCCCAUAUCUAUCAAACUUGGAGCUACAAAACCCAAAGAGCCUGUACCUUCACUUCCUUCAAAGAAGCUAGGGAUGGCGUCUGUUUUUAAUGAAGAUGAUGAUAGUGAACCUGAGGAGAUGCCUCCAGAAGCAAAAAUGAGGAUGAAGAACAUUGGCAGGGAGACGCCAACGUCUGCAGGACCCAAUUCCUUCAACAAGGGCAAGCAGGGCUUCUCAGAUCAUCAAAAACUUUGGGAGAGGAAGAUGAAAGCUCAAGCAGACAAAUUGUAAAUGACUACAACAGUCUUUGUCACUAAUGGAUCACUUUGAAUAGUUUAAAGCAUGUCAGAGAUAUCUACGAAGGCUCAAACUAGUCUUCACUGUAGUCUGCUGUGAGAUGAAGAAUACUUUAAGCCGUCUAUGAUACUCCGUGACUGAAGUCACAUCACCUUUCUAACCACUAUCAGCUGAUGCAGGAGAGGAAAAGUGUGGGGAUAUGGGGGACAGACACAUUAGCCAGAAUAUCGUUUAAACGGCUGCUUUCUGCUGGCUAGUGAGAUAUAAAAUCUAGUAUUUUAGAGCCCCCUCUGUGACAUGCUUGUUCCUAUCUGAAGCUGGUUAGGCGUGAUCCUGAGCACUCUUAGUGUCGCUUGUCUAAUACGUGUAAAAAAUGUACAUAGAAGUGUGACAAUGUUUUAUUUUUAAAUCCACAAAUGGGAGUGUGUGUGUUAUGUUUACGUGUGUGUGUGUGUGUGUGUGUGUGUGUGUGUGUGUGUGCGCGCGCAAAGACUUAGGCUAGAUGUGAAGACGAAUUGUUUUGGUUCGUUUAGUUUCUCAUUAUCAGUGUACGACCCUUUGUUUUCACCAGAUGUGCCACCGCAUAGGCAGUCUUGUUUAGGUUUCUGUGUUUUGGUUUUGUUUGAGCUUUGUGCCACUAUUUUUGGCUUUGCUUACUCGAUCUUGUAUUUCCGUCUGCUUCACUGAAAAAAAAUCUGAAAAAUCUGGCUGUGAUCAUUUUUAUGUUCACAAUGAAGGAACUAACAAUGUGUUCUUGGCUGAUAAGCUGUAACAUGGAUAUCCGGAUGCUGGUGACAUUAAGGGAUUUCUUGGUUGUUAGCAAUGAUUAAGCACAUUUAUAAACUCUUACUCAUCGCCGCUUCACUCACGCUUCAGAAAUAGCCUCAAUCCUUUUUGAUUCAGAUAUUUGUGUUUAUUCUGUGACUUUUUGGAAGGUCCCAUGAUUUAAAAUGUGAAUUCCUCUGUGGGUUGCCUACAUGUGUAAAGGGGCUUUCCCCAAACGAAUUACAUUAUCAUAACCAUCAAUGAACACAUAUUUAAAAGUUCUAAUAAUAAAACAUUUGGAAGAUU